ACCAUUCCAGAACUUCUCAGAUUUAGCACUUCGACAUGUGGACGAUCAAGUCGACCACACGGGUGCUGUAACCCCAUUCGUUGUCAUACCACGACACCAACUUCACGAAGUUGUCACUCAAUGCAAUUCCAGCCUUUGCGUCGAAAAUGCUAUGCAAGCAAUCUUGUACCGUAAGUUAUUUGGUAUGUUGUUUCUUGAUUCUUUCUCCCCGAUCCAAGGAGCGGAAGAUAUUUAAGUGUAAUUAGUUAUUUCCUUAAAAAUAUUAUACAAUUAAUAUACAGAAGUUUAAAUGGAAGAAAGGGAUAUUCACCAUGAUUAUCAUUAGCGUAGUAAUAGGAAAAUAGUGGCCAAGGGUUUAAAUAUAUUAACGUGUCCAGUACAAAGAUUUUAUGUUUUUAUCGCCUUUAGCCAAAUAAAAAAAAAACGAAAAGAGAAAAGAAGAAACAGCCAUGUCUCAUCUUCUCAGGCAGCUCAAGCUAUCCCUCCGAAGAAACCUCACUGCUUCUUCUAGGUUCUUGUCGUCUUCCCCAAUCUAUUAUGUCAGGGGUGCUGAACCAUGUGAACAUGGAAAUAUCGAAACUAUCAGGAUACCUUCUCUUAAGGUGCCUAUGGAGUUACUCAAGGAGGUGGGAGUCGUAGGAGCAUCCCAUGGCUGGAUAACAACUUUGAAAAAUGGGGUUGUGUGUCUUCAAGAUGACCUAGAUCUCCAUGCACUACCGGAUACUGAACCAAAACGCAUUCCUCUACCUCCCCUUGUAACUCUACCUCAUUGCCAAACCCAAAUCGUAACCAACGUAGCUAUGUCCUCUUCUUCUCCUGAUGAUGAAGACUGCAUCGUGGCUGUCAAGUUCUUAGGACCUCAGCUAAGCUUGUGUAGACCUGCUCAGAGAGAUUGCAAGUGGAGCAACAUCAGAAUCACAGACCCCAGCUUCUUCUCCUCCCAUGUAAUGUACUCCAAGAGGGAUGGCAUGUUCUCGAUGCCCGCUUCUAGAGGUCACUACACGGGAUCAUGGGAUCUUGGAAGACACAUGAAGGAACCAAAGCUGCAGAUGUUGCGGCUUCGCGCUGAAGAAGAUCAAAUUCCAAAAAUGAAAAAGAGGAUGUGGCAGCGAUUGGAGUCGUGUUGUACGAAGCAACACUACUUAGUGGAGUCGUUACACACUGAUGAGACUUUUAUGGUGAAGUGGUACACAGAAAGUCGUCCCAUUGCCAACAAUACUUUGGAUUUAUGGGACCAUUUCCUUGUACUGAAGAUAGACAAGGAAGGGAACGCUGUUUACACGAAAGACAUUGGAGAUCUCUGCAUUUUAUUAUCCAAGUCUGAACCCAUAUGUAUGCCGGCUAAAUUGAACCGAAGAGUCCAAAACUGCAUCUAUAUGUUGACCGAGCGCGAGUUUGCCAUUGUCAGUAUCAGCUGUAACCAAAAGUUUUGUAGAACACCUUUCGCUUGCUCCUUACCUUACUACUAUAUUUCAAAAAGUCUAAUAUAGCUAUUGUCUCUCACU